ACCAUCCAAAUCCAGAUGAUGACGAUGACGUUCAAUUGUAUCGCCUUAUCGCCGAGCUUGCGCUCGAGGACCUACGCGAGCUCGAAGAUCACCGCAAGGGGAAGGGUAAGGACGGCGCGCCUCCGAGCGACGCCGACCUUGCCCUCCGCCUGUACGAGGAAGAGGUCCGCGCCAUGAGUCGGGCCGUCGAGGAUCGUGUCCUGGCUCAGAGCAUCGAUUCCGCCCUUGCGACGGAUCAUGCUCUGGUCCAGGCCUGCCAGGCUGAGGAGAAUCAGGCGAGGGACGAUCGCCGCGUCGCCCUCGCCCUCUCACAAGGCAUCCCCGUUCGGCCAGCUGCGAGCAGCGCAUCUGCCGCGCGCCCGUCAACGUCGAAGCCCGCCGCGUCGUCUACUCCAGCUUCUACAACUGCCACAUCGAUUUUAUCCACCCUGGUCACAAACUCUGGCCGCGCCACUCCUAAAGCUCCGCAUGGUAGCACCUACACAGCGGCGCCUUCAAGCAAACCGAAACCCGCGAAAGAAUGCACAUCCUGCCGCGACAAGAUUACAGGUCCCUCCAUCGCAGGCCCGUGCGGGCACCCAUACGAUGUAGAAUGCAUCACCGACCUGGUCGAAGCCGCUACGCGAGACCAAUCCCUGUUUCCAAUCCGCUGCUGCACGCAGCCCAUCCCUUUCUCGCUCAUCAGGCCCCAUCUUUCGUCCCAGCUGGCCCUCCUCUUCGAGAAGAAGGAGCGCGAGUACAACACGGUCGGAAAGAAAAUUUACUGCAGUUCACGCUCUUGCGGCGCCUUCGUCGGUGCUGCUACCUCGACCCCAACACCUCUCUACUGCCCCGAAUGCUACACCCGGACCUGCGGCGCGUGCAACACCGCCGCGCACCCUUUCUUCCAACCCUGCGCCACCGACACCGAGGCCCAGGUCGUGCUCGACCUCGCCAGGGAAGAAGGCUGGCAGCGUUGUCCACAAUGUCACCAGAUGGUCGAACUCGCACAUGGCUGCUUCCACAUGACGUGCCGCUGCCGCGCGCAGUUCUGCUACGUGUGUGCGAAGACGUGGAAGACGUGCCAAUGCCCGCAGUGGGAUGAAAACCGUCUCGUCGUCGCCGCCCGACGCCAGGUCGAGGCUGGGAUCGAUCCCAGGCGCGAGGCGGUGCCGCAAGCUGUUAUGCUGGAGAGGGUGCAAGCCGCCGUGGAGGACCUGCGCGUCAACCACGAACAUCAGCAUGGAAGAUGGGGAUAUCGUUCGGGCGGAGGCCAAUGCGAAGAAUGCGGGUUCUGGCUUCCACAAUACCUCUUCGUGAGCAUCUUCUGCACGUGGAUCCGCAGCAGAUGCUCAUCAUCGCCCACUUCUCCAGCGAUGUGGAACGGGGUGCGGUAUGAUGGCCUGCAAUCGAUGCAGGCGCAAUCGUCUUUGAGCAAAGGCGCCUCGACCAGUUCGAUGGUCUAG